GAACAAAAAAUCGUGAUCACAACACCUUUUGUUGACGCUGUUGCCAAUGAAUGAGAAACCCCCGCUGUCACGUGACAGGUAAAGGCGCAUUGUCGACGAUUUCGGUUUAAAGGGGAUUAAAAUCUACCCAUAUACUUCUUUGGAUCGUCUGUAAACAAGAAUCUCAUUUUUGAAAAUAGUUUAUUUAUAUUUCCUGGGAAUACGGUGACCGUUUUGCGGGCAAAAUGGGAGCGAAAGUUGGGGAUGAAAAAUCGGAGGAUAAGGAAAAAUCUUCAGAUGAAAAGAAAGAAUAUAUGGGUGAUCCCAGGAAAUAUGAUCCAAACUUUAAUGGCCCAAUAAAAAACAGAUCAUGUACAGAUAUUAUUUGCUGCUUAUUAUUUCUGAUUUUCCUUGCUGGGAUGGUGGUGUGUUCUGCAAUAGGAUAUGCCAGAGGAAAUCCUUAUAAACUCCUAUAUCCUACUGACUCUUCAGGAAAUAUAUGUGGAUAUGAUACUGGAUAUACAGACAAGCCUUAUUUGGUGUACUUCGACAUGUUGAAAUGCGCAAAGUCCGGAUCAGCUGUUAUUAUCACGGGAUGUUCUACACCACAGGUUUGUGUGAAGACUUGCCCAUCAACAUACUGGUACUAUCUAUAUCAGGUGGCACUGGAGACAGCUACCACUAAAACUGUGGCAGACAGAGCCACAGACAUGAUCUGUAAGGGGGGAACCGAUACCUCUGUGGGCACUAUCCAGAAUCUGGUUGACACAAAAGCAUGUGCUCCAUAUUAUGUCAAAUCAACUCCAGUGGUUGGCCGCUGUAUCCCGUCGUUUUUCCUGGAGAUAACAGACUGGGCACAGAACCUUGUUGUUACUGCGUCAGGUACAGACUACAAUCUGACCAACACUGACGGGGAAGGAAUCACAGGAAAUGCCAUGAAUGAGGCUAGCUAUUGGCUGGCUCAGUUCAUGUCUGCUAGUGAAGUGGUGGAGAGGAUCUACAAGGAUGUGGUAGCCUCGUGGUGGCUGUUGUUAGUGUUUUUGGGGGCAGCCAUGGUGACAUGUUUUAUUUGGAUUGUCCUGAUGCGAUGGCUGACUGGUAUAAUUGUUUGGUUCACAAUCUUUGCUGUAUUAGCAGUUCUGUCAUAUGCUUGCUACUACAGCUAUACUCAGUACUUUGAUCUGAAAACCAAAAAUGUGACCGGGGAAUGGGGAUACUCUGAGGCAUUUGCAUUGAACUUCAGUUACUACCUACAGCUUAAAGAAACGUGGCUGGCAUUUGCUUGUGGAACAGCCACAUUUCUGUCCAUAUUUGUUUUGCUGCUGAUUUUCCUCCUCAAUAGAAUUUGUAUCGCUAUUGAGCUCAUUAAAGAGGGUAGCAGAGCCAUUGGGAACAUGAUUUUUACUUUAAUAUGGCCAGUCUUUCCAUUCUUCCUUCAGCUUAUUGUUGUUGGGUACUUUGGUUUCAGCUCUGUAUACAUUGCCUCUAUUGGAGACCAGAAGUACUACACAAAUGGUACUAACACAACAGAUGACGGUAUUAACUAUUACCUCUCCAGGAUUCCUUGUGAACCUGAUGGCACAACUCAAGGGUCCUAUUGUGAUUUUGUGAAAUAUGGUGGAACAGAGUAUAUAGUGACAAUGCAGGUUUUCAUGCUGUUUAUGUUUUUCUGGACUAUGAACUUUGUGGUUGCUAUGGGACAGAUGGUAUUGGCAGGAGCUUUUGCCUCGUAUUACUGGGCAUUCGAGAAGCCGAAAGAUAUCCCAGCAUUCCCCUUGUCUGCCUCGCUGUGGAGAACAUUUAGAUACCAUUUUGGAUCCUUGGCAUUUGGAUCUUUAAUUAUAGCCAUAAUCCAGAUGAUAAGGGUUGGGUUGGAAUAUCUGGACCAUAAGCUCAAAGGCUCUGAAAAUGCAGUGGCAAAAUUCCUCUUAAAGAUCCUGAAAUGUUGUUUCUGGUGUUUGGAGAAAUUCAUGAGAUUUUUGAACAGAAAUGCCUACAUUUUGAUUGCAGUAUAUGGCAAAAAUUUCUGCACAUCUGCCAAAGAUGCCUUUUUCCUUAUUCUACGAAAUAUUGUAAGGGUUGUUGUGUUGGACAAAAUUACAGAUUAUGUUUUGUUCCUAAGUAAACUACUAGUAACAGCAUCUGUAGGUGUGGCUGCAUACUACUGGUUCCAAGGAAAAAUUACCUACUUUUCUGAAUAUGUUCCUACAGAUAUAAAUUAUUAUAUCACACCUGUAAUUCUGGUAAUUAUAGGGACCUAUGUCAUCUGUUGCUGUUUCUUCAGUGUAUAUGAAAUGGCUGUAGACACACUCUUCCUGUGUUUCUUGGAGGACCUUGAAAUGAAUGACGGAUCUGCAGAGAAACCUUACUUCAUGAGUAAAGGUCUAAUGAACAUUCUGGGCAAGAAGAACCUCAAACCCGGGGAGAAGAAGAAAUGCUGUGGGUGCUGCUAGGACCCUGCUUUUCCUGACCAAUCAUUCUCAGUGAACAUUUCAUUAUAAGGAGCAGAUUAUUGACAUUAUCUUGUUAUUGUUGGUUAUUUGAGAUUAUUAUUUGAUGUUAUUAAUUCACUCACAACACGGUUGGGGGUGAUGUAUAGUAACCUGACUGAGGUUGUGACAGUACAGACAUGUUUCAUUGUUCAUUUGAAUCAUGAUGUACACACUUUUCAGUUCCUAAUAAGAUGCUACAUACUUAUUCUAGAUGUGUCAUUUGUUCAAAGUAAAAAGACAGAGUUGUGACUAAAUUUCAGGGAUAUUUGUUAGACAAUCAAAGAAAAAAUUGUUAAACUUUUUUUUUUACUUAAAAGUGAAUCAAGGUGAUGAAAUGUUGGCAUAUUUUGUCAUUACUUUUAAACUGUAUAUUUUUUCCUGGAAAAUGAUUAGGUGUCUGUGCACGUCUUGUGUAAAUUAUACCAUGAUAAUUAAUUGUGUUAAAAUGUGCUGGGAGUAUGCUUGCUUUUAUUAUCUGUGAUACUGAUAUUUGACACGUUAUCAUUUUUGGUUUUUUAAAAAUGUUUUCAUUCAUUGAUUUACUUAUUGUAUAUCAUUCCAAUAUACUUUUAUUUUUAACAAAAUAUAUGCAUUUUACAAAAAAAAAUCCAUUUUUAAUAUCUCUACAUCCCACUUUUCUCUUUAAUGCUGGAAUA